GGUACCUUUAGGUCCCCAAGUCCUAUAUUCUAGAGGUACCUUUAGGUCCUCAAGUCCUAUAUUCUAGAGGUACCCUUACGACCUCAAGUUCUGUAUUCGAGAGGUAGCUUUAGGUCCUCAAGUUCUGUGUAAUGAAGGCAUCCUUAGGUCCGCAAAUGCUAUAUUCCAGAGAUACCUUUAGGUGCUCAAGUCCUAUAUAAUCGAGCCAGCCUUAGGUCCUGAAGUCCUGUAUUCUAGAGGUACGCUUGGAUGCUCAAGUGCUAUAUUUCAGUGGUACCCUUACGACCUCAACCCUGUAUUUCAGAGGCAUCUUUAGGUCCUGAAGUCUUAUAUUUCAGAGGUACCCUUAGGACCACAAGUCUUCUAUUUUAGAGAUACCUUUAGGUCCUGAAGUUCUGUAUUCCAGAGGUACCCUUCAGCCCUUAAGUCCUAUAUUCUAGGGGUACUCUCGAGUUCUCAAAUCUUAUAUUGCAGAGGUACCUUUCGGCCCUCAAGUUCUAUAUAGUAGCGGCAUCCUUAAGUCCUCAAAUCCUGUAUUCUAGAGGUACGCUUGGAUCCCCAAGUCCUAUAUUUGAGAGGUGCCCUUACGACCUCAAGUUCUAUAUGCCAGAGGUUCCUUUGGAUCGUUAAGUCGUAUAUUCUAGAUGCACAGUUAGGUUUUCAAGUCCUAUGUUCUAGAGAUACCCUUGGCUCCGCAUCUCCAAUAUUCUAGAGGCACUCUUAGGUCUUCACACUCGAUACGAGGAAAGUAUCCUUGAGUCCUCAUCUCUUAUAGUUCACUGGUACACGUAUCUCUUCAUGUCCUACUUAGCGGAAUUUUUCUCACGUCCUUGGUAUGGGUCAUAUGAAGUGAGCGAACGUUCGCGUGAGCCAAGCAGAAGUCCAGAAUCCAUGUUUUACCAAAUCUCAAUAGGAUGAAAAUUUGCCUGUAAUUUGUUCUUCUAUGUUACAGAAACAGCAAAGCAUGUUGUGCAAACUUCGGCGAUUCCUCCAUUAUUUACCGCAUGAUUUUCUCUAGGAUUUCGAAUAAUUGUUUCCGAAAAAUUGUAACGAAUAUCUGAAUAAUCUUUUUGACGGAUCUUAUGGAAUAUUGAAAGAUGGUUUUGAGGCAUUUCAAGGAAAAUUUAAUGGAGGUUUUUGAAAGAUUUUGAAGGAAUAUCCAAGGAAGGUUUUUGAAGGAUCUUAAGGAACAUCCAAAGAUGGUUUUUGCAGGAUUUUAUUGGGAAUUUCUUCUAGGCUUUCGAAAUUAUUGAGAUAAAUUACUCAGGUUAACGCGAAAAACUGCAUCGAUUCUCGCCUGUAGCAAUUUAAUGGUUAUGCGAGUAUGAUGCGUGCAGUUUUAUAGUAAUAUCUAACCAACGUAAUGAAUAUUUUGAAAGGCAUGUUUACCCACUGAUUAGAAGUGUUUGCUCCUUACAGUCGUAGAUUUCUUAAAAUGGUUUUAAUUUCAGGCACUCGAACUACUUUAAUUGCACAAUAGGUUGGCAAUGCAUGACUUUCGGAGCGAAGAAAAAUGAAGAUAAUCACGGCUCUUCAAAGAAAGUUUGCAUAGAGAUUCCAUCUGCCUGCAAAGAUAGGAAACUUCUUAUAGUUAACAAAUCGAACGAGAGAUAGGCCUUGUCUCCACCAGAAAAUUUAAUACCGAAUUAAGAAACUUGAUUCGUGGAAAAUUUAAUUCGCAUUGAAUGCAUUUUCGAAAGCGUUUUAGGCCCCGAACAGACCGAUUAAUUCAAAGUGAAUUAAAACGGAAUUAAGAGAUAUGAUUGGUGUUUCUACAUAGCAACAUCAAUCAUAUCUCUUAAUUCCGUUUUAAUUCACUUUGAUUUUGGCCGGUCUGUUCGGGGCCUUAAAUUUAAUGCGCUUUCGAAAGCGAACUAAAGUUAAUGCACCAAUCAAAGUCUCAUUAGGUUCAUGUGCUCCAAUUGAAUUAAUGAAAGCGACAUUUUUUUCUCGAUUCUGAUUGAUGCAUUAACUUUCCAAGUGUAGGCAAGCAUGAUUUUAAUACGAAGUUAAUACCGUAUUAUUUUUCUAGUGGAGACAAGGCCAUACAACAUUAAAAGAAAAUUAUAACAAAAACUGUGACAUGGAUCCUAUUCGCUAAACAGUGAAACAAUCACAAACAAAAUCAAAGAAAGUAAAUAUCGUUUGACAGAUAACGACAUCUUGAGAUUUUCGAAAGUGGAAAUGGGCGCAAUUUUUUCAUUCGUUCCUAGUUGAUACCACAUUCUUUCGCACUUUCUUCUGCGCACUACUUCAAAAUCUUCCUCUCCACGAUUCUCUAGAUACCGUUUACUUCAAAAAGGUUUUCAUCCUCGUCAAUGGCAUCCCAUGUAAGAUGAGUUAACCGUACAACUAACACACACUUUUUUUGAUCAUAGACACCUGCAUCGGAUGCGUUAGUAACUCGUUCACCACUUUCUUCAAUCCAGAAUGAAGCAACAGAAACUGGUAAACAAAAUACGUUUGAGCCUACUUUUCAUUGCGACUAAAUACCAAUUCAUAAUUUUCUAGGUGAUAAUAUUACACUUUCUUCUUCGCUCAACAAAAAAAAUAUAUUACAAAAAAGUAAACUUUAAUAUAUCAACAUCUUUCUUUGCAUUUAAAGUUUCUAGGAUUAACUUCUUCAUCUUCUUCUGUUAACAAUGAUCGAACACCUGUUCGUAAACAUAAAUCACGUGAUAUUGAUGAAGAAUUAGAUCGAAAGUGUUUUUUUUUCUUAUGAAAAUUUCCUAAUAAUUUGUUUACAUUUAUAGAAUUAAGUUCUUCAUCUUCUUCUAUUAACAAUGAUCGAACAUCAAUUCGUAAACAUAAAUCACGUGAUAUUGAUGAAGAAUUAGAUGGAAAGUGUUUUUUUUUAUUAUCAAAAUUUCCUAAUAUUCAAUUACAUUUAUAGAAUUAAAUUCUUCAUCUUCUUCUAUUAACAAUGAUCCAACAUCAAUUCGUAAACAUAAAUCACGUGAUAUUGAUGAAGAAUUAGAUGGAAAUUCUUCAUCCUCUUCUAUUAACAAUGAUCCAACAUCAAUUCGUAAACAUAAAUCACGUCAUAUUGAUGAAGAAUUAGAUGGAAAGUAAUUAAAUUCUUUAUCUUCUUCUAUUAACAAUAAUGGAACAUCAAGGCGGAAAUGUAAAUCACAUGAUAUUGAUGAAGAAUUAGAUGUAUUAGGUUGUUCAUUAACAUCAGUGACAUACAAUUCUUCAUGUAGUUGUAAACGUAAAUCAAAUGAUAUUGUAGAAGAAAUUGAUGGGAUGAAUCAAAUUGAAGAACGACAAUCAAAACGUUUGAAGAAAUUAUGUCAUCAUAUUCAUCCAUUAAUCGAAUCUGAGCUCAAAUUGGAAUGGUCAUUAGUGCAUGUGCGUGGCAUCGGACUUCUAAAUAAAGAUUUAACAAAGUGUUUAAAUUUAUGUUACAUGAACUCGGUUAUUCAAUGUCUUGCAAAUACAGCACCGUUCGUUCAAUGGUUGUUGAAUGAGGAAAAUCAUGGUUCAUGUGAAUUAACACGUUUUGGUCAAUUAUGUUCCGUUUGUGCUCUUCGUUCAAUCAUCAUGAAUAUUCAUCCUCAUAUUUAUAAUAAAUCUAAUUUAUUUUGUGAAUUAGGUCAAGCAUCGGCUUUUCAAAUUGCACGACGAAUCACGGAAUUAUCUUCAAGUUUUGUUCCUGGUCAACAAGAAGAUCCAUCUGAAUUUUUAAUUGUUCUUUUAAAUCAUUUCAUGCAAUGCAUUUCUUCAAAUGAUAACACAUCAUUUUCAACAUAUUUAUGUAAUCCACUUCAUUCCAUAUUUGGAAUUAAUAUUAAAUCAUCAAUUACAUGUACAAGUUGUCAAAUUCAAAUAAUUAAAAUGAAUUACGAAACUAUUUGGUCCAUUCCAAUUGUUUCUUAUUAUAAUCUGCAAGAAUCUUUGGCCGCAUUUUGCUCGAAAGAAAAAUUAACAGGUGAUAAUGCUCUUCAAUGUUCACAAUGUCACAGCAAAACAACAGCAUUACAAUCAUUACAACUUGCUAACACAUCAUCUAUUAUUAUAAUCCACUUGAAACGUUUUAUUUAUGAUCAAAGUAAAAAAUUAACUCGAAAAUUGACACAUUUUAUUUCGUAUCCUGAAUUUCUUAAUAUUGCGCCCUAUGUCGCUAAUAAUAAUGCAUCAGAAGAAGUCCAAAAAAAUCAUCAAUCUGAUGAAUAUAUAUACAUGUUAUAUGCAGUUGUAGUACAUUUAGGAAAAACUGCCAACAAUGGCCAUAUACUUGUAUACAUUCGUUCACCAGAUAAUUUAUGGUAUAAAAUCAACGACGAGUUAGUAACUUCAACCAAUCCAAAAACUGUAUUUUCUGAUAAUAACUCAUAUAUUUUGUGGUAUACAAAAUUAUCAGCAGAAAAAAGAAAUUUAUAUAGAAAAGAAAUCAAUGAAUUAUUUAUACCAUCAUCACAAGUCUCGUUUUCUUCAACACCUAUACAUCGUAAUGUUCAAACAAGUAGAAAUUUUGAUGAUUGUUCUCCAAUCUCGACAAACUUAAUUUCAAAUAUUUCCGAUUUUGAUGAUCGAUCUCCACCAAAAAUUCUUCAAAGAAGCUGUUUCAUCACGAACAAACAAUCACCAGAAACACGUGAAAAUAUUGAUUUUAAUCAUUCUUCAACACCAGAAGAUAUCAUAUUACAUAAGAAUUUUUCGUUAGAAAAUAAUCUUGAUUUGAUCAAAUACCGAACCGAAAGCCGAAUCGAAAUUAUACCAAAAACAAAUUAUAAAAAUCAAUAUCCAGAUUAUUCAAAUUCACCAGAUACAUCAUGUUCAUCUUUGUCAUCUCAAUUACUACCAGUACCAUUAACAAAUAAAUCUCAUAUUUCAUUUAGAAAUGAUUCCAAUCAAUUAUCUGAUGAAGCAACACGACUUUCGAGACUUUCAAAAAUCAGUACCGGUUCACAAUUAGAUGUACUUGAUGAAAAUCGAAAUGAACAAGAAGAUUUUCAUAUUCAAUUACCGUCUUCGUCUGAUUUCAAGCUCCAACCAGUUGACUUGGUGAAAUUGCAAUCAAUUAGAACAAAAAAAAACAAUAAAAAAGAAGCUCGUCUUUAUAAAGCCAUGGGAUUGCCAAUCGAAAUAGAUAAAACAACCAAUAAAAAGAAAAUUUUCAUUUCGAAAACAAUAAAAACAAAUGCAAUUAAUAAUAAUAUAAGUACAUCAUAUGAUUCAAAUCAAGAAAUACAAAAAAAAGAAUCAAGAGUUGAUGUUGAAUAUUUUUACAUUCUGUUACCAUAUAUUAAAAAAUUCAAUACAUACUGUGCAUUGUGUGUUCGCAAUUGUACGUUUGGUCAAACAACAAAAGAUCGUAAUCAAUUAUUAAGAUGUUCACUUUAUUGUUCCGGAAAACCAAUAUGUAAUUUUAAUUGUUCUAUUAUUGUUUUAAAUAAUGGUCAAGGCCAUAUAAUUGUUAAUAAUACAACAGUUCGACAUGCUCCCGGUAUCAAAAUAUCCCGACCAAUUCGUGAACCUAUACGAAGUUUAUUCAAAGAGAAAUUUAAGAACAGAGCAUCGGUAUAUCGAAUAUACCAGGAAGAAAUGCAGAAGAGAAGUAUUCAUGAAAAGAAUGCAAAUAAUUAUGACAGGGUUGGAAGGAGUCGUCAAAUAUUACGAAAAAUAAAAUCCGAGACAACUUGUGAAUCACUACUAGCACCUGAUGUAGAUUAUGGUUUAUCCAAGUUAUAUGAAAAAUAUAAAAAUGAGAUCAAUAUAGAUGGAAAAGUAACAGGAGCUAUACAAUUAAUAUCAAAGCAUCCAUCGAAAAUUAUUAUAUUUACGGAAACAGCUAUUCGUUUGUUUGACUCCUUGAUAAAUCAAAAAAAUAUCACAAUAUCAUGGGAUGCUACCGGAGCAAUAAUCAGAGAACAAAAUAACUCACCUAAGUAUCUGUACUAUGAAUUAACAAUGACGCUACCAGGUGUAGUAUCAGAGGAUGGAUUAAUACCAAUAUCGUCAAUGAUCAGUUCUUCUCAUUCCUUAAUUGAUAUUAUUCAUUGGUUGGAGCUAUUCAAAUACCACUAUUCACAAGUUUUCGUAGGCAAAGAAUUCCCGAAACCUAAAUUAAUCUUGAGCGAUAGAGCUCAAGUCUUCCUUUGUGCCGCUAUUAAAGUUUGGAAUAAUGAAAAAAUGCAGGACUUUUUGGAUAGAUCUUAUCGUAUUGUCAAUGGAGAUGCUACUAAUGAAGAUCUUCAAUUAACUAAUAUACACGCCUGCAUGGCACAUGUUUUAAUUGAUACACGUCGAACUAUCAACAAGUUUAUCAUUAAAGAAUAUCGUGAACUUGCAAUAUGGAGUAUUGCGCUAUUGAUAAAUAGCUGUACAUGGAUAGAAUUUAAACAUAAUUGGCAACUAAUCUGUCUUGUUUUUCUUCAAAUACAUCUUGAUGGAAAACAUGUACAACAAAAACAUCUAGAUAUAUUAUUAGAUAAAAUACGAAAAAUUAAAUCUGAUUCUAAUACUUAUAAUGCUGUUAAAUCUUCUAAUAAUUUUGAAAGUGAUAAUCCAACAAAUUUAUAUGACUCAAAUAUUUAUAACUUCUUUGAUGAUAAAUAUGAUGACGAUGAUGAUCCCGAACCAAAUAAUAGAUUUUUAAAAACAAAAACAAAAAAUAUAAUUGUUGAUGAAGAACAAGAAACAAAUAGUACCAAUUCAAAAUUUAAAACUGUUAUUAAUAAAAUAUUCUAUGAUGCACUUAUUGAUACUGGAAUAUCAAAAGAAGAUGUUUUUGGUGCUCGAGCUUCGGGUAUUUUGAAAUGGUUCAAAUACUUAAAUAGAUAUUUUAUGCCGACAGCCCCGAUAUGGUCAAACAUGUUGUUAGGAAAUGCAAGUCGUCAUCGUCGACUUGCUGUCAAAUCAUUCGAAAAUUUUUGUGUUGCUCAACUUGAACAACGAACAACAGCAAUAAGCGAAAGGAGAAUGGGAAUACUAAAACGCACGCAGUUAGGUGGUCAAAUCUAUCUACGAUUAGAUGUUCUUUUGUCAAUUAUUAUUCCUGAUAUGUUAGUUUUAAUUGAUGAAUAUUCGAAUGCAGUUAUGACUCAUUUCAUGAUUUCACAAAUUGAUUCAAAUAAUUCAUCAACAUUAUUAGAUGAACGACGAUUAAAGCCUAUUGAGGAACGGUGGGGAAAAAUAGUCAGCAAAAGAGGUCGUGGUUAUUAUUCAAAAGCUCCCCAACAGUCAGUUUUUGCUGAUCUUGUUUCAUUACUUCUAUUGAGUAGGAAUGAUGUCAAUGUUGAUCUUAAAUUACCAAAUUUAACACCGAAUUGGCUGAACGUUGCUAUAGGUUUAUUACUCUCAACAGGAAAUGAAACUGGUGGUCGUUAUGAACUUUCAUCAUCAUCAUUAAAUCAUAAUUGUCCGUUACUUGAUAUUGUUAAUACGUUUAUAGAAGAAUGGUCUAGUUCAACAUUAACUCAAACUAAUAAUCCACGUUCAACAACAAUCAGUUUUUCUUUACCAACAGAUAUGUUACCUAAUAGUUUUCAACAGCAGUCUACAUUUAUUCUAGAAAAAAUUUUAACACCAUUACUUCCAUGUCAUUUAGUUGUUAAUAAAAUAUAUUCGUGUAGUAAUUGUGAAAAAAAAAUGAAAAUAAAAAACACAAUUACAUCAAUACCCAUCAAUAUUCAUCGAACUGGUCUUCAUUUGAACAACGAUAUAAAUUCUUUUUUUGAACGAAGUCCUUCUGAUAUCUUAUGCACAUCUUGUAGUAAACCUACAACUCGACAUAUUGAUGUUACAGAAUUUCCUUCAGUAUUAAUUGUUCACAUCAAUGAGUCGCCAAUAGAUAUCAAAUAUAGGAAACCACCUGAUUUUGUUUCUCUUAAUCCAUUCGCUGAUUGGCGGGCUCUUGGUUUUCCAUCAUCCGCUAUGUACAAUUUAGUUUGUUUUAAUAGUAUAAUGCGAUCAGCUGGAAAUGAUUUGAUGGUACGGGUAACAAAAAUAAAGAAAAGUUGGUCAACAAGUAUCAAUAAAAGAGUAAUUGGUAAUGGUGAUUUACUCAAACGUCUUUUCGCUCAUAGUCGAAUUUUGGUGUUUGAGCGUAUUAAUAACAAAACUAAAUUUAAUCUUUUUCAAGCAAUUUUUAAAUGUACAAUGGAUGCAAAUUUUACUUCAUUUAAUAAUAUUCAAUCAUGCAGGACAAUUCAAGAGGUUUGUUCAAUAAUUGAAACCAAUCCUCAAUUUCAUGAACUAAAUGAUAAACUUAAUGCCAAUAUUAAAUCCUAUUUUCGUUGCAUUUUUUGUGGUGAUACACCUGAUAAUCUUUCAUCAUCGGAUAAUCAAAUAUUUCUCUUCAAACAAAAUAUGAAUAAUCAACUCGUCGGUUAUCCAGUACUGUCUAAUAACAUGAACCAAAAUAAUACUAACUGGAUAUGCAAUAAUUGUAAUAAUUCAACAAAUAAUCUUGAGAUGGAUAUUCAUAAACAAGUUUUUCUUAAAUGCCCAUCUUGUUUAAUUACUUGUAUCAAUUCGAAAGUUGAAAAUAAUCCAUUAGAUAAUCAUAUUUGUUUACGUGAUAUGGAUGAUAAGAAAUACAAUUAUGGUGCAACUGCUUUACUGUGUAUUAGUGCUUAUAGUGACAAUGUUGCUUUAGUCAAAAAAAAAUCAAAUAAAUAUAUACAAUUCAUUGGUGAUACAUUUUCUGAAGAGACAUCAUUAACAUUUAAUAACCUGUUAGAUAUAUUUGAUAGUAGUUCUUCUAUACUCCUUUUUCAUCAUCAGAUAAAACGAACAACAAAUGAAAAUAUUUGA